CUGCACUACGGGAGCCUCGUGGGCAGCAGAGCUUGUGCCCAGAUGGCAGCAGCUGCCUGGGGCAGUGGCUUUCUCAAUGCUGUCCUGCACACGGCCACUCCAUUUUCCCUGCCCCUCUGCCAAGGCAAUGCUGUGGACCAGUUCUUCUGUGAAAUCCCCCAGAUCCUCAAGCUCUCCUGCUCAGAUGCCUACUUCAGGGAAGCUUGCGUCCUUGUGUUUAGUGUUUCUUUAGUCUUUGGUUGUUUUGUUUUCAUUGUGCUGUCCUAUGUGCAGAUCUUCAGGGCAGUGCUGAGGAUGCCCUCUUCUCAGGGCCGGCACAAAGCCUUUUCCACGUGCCUCCGUCACCUGGCCAUCGUAUCCCUCUUUAUCAGCACUAUCAUGGUUGCCUACCUGAAGCCCCCCUCCAUCUCCUCCCCAUCCCUGGACCUGGUGGUGUCAUUUUUGUACUUGGUGGUGCCUCCAGCAAUCUUCAGGGCGGUGCUGAAGUACCCCUCUGAGCAGGGCCGGCACAAAGCCUUUUCCACGUGCCUCCUGCACCUGGCCAUGGUCUCCCUGUUUGUCAGCACUAUCGUGUGUGCCUGCCUGAAUCCCUCCUCCAUCUCCUCCCUAUACCUGGACUUUGUGGUGUCAUUUUUGUACUUGGUGGUGCCUCCAGCAGUGAACCCGCUCGUCUACAGCAUGAGGAACCAGGAGCUCAAGCAUGCACUGAAGAAGCUGUUUCAGUUGUCUUCCAGAAGCAAUUAG